CGGGUUCAUCAGAGCCAAAGAUCCCUGACGGCUUUGGUCAUUGGUCAGGUUUCACAUUUUUUUCAUUUCUGGAGGGAGCAGACAAACUAUUUUGAAAACCCCACUCACUAUAGUCCAAUAACAAAGUUAAAGAUGUUGUUCGGUAGAAAAUCAUCCCCCAGAGCUUCCCCUCUUCCAUUGAAGAAGAGCGACGACCCUGGUCCAAUCAAGCCGAAGAAAAAGUGCACUUUGAAGAUGUUGGCAUUGGGGCUGGUGGGCAUUAUGUUUUUCCGAUUUUUCUUGACUAUGGCGGGCCGAAUCGUUUUUAGCACCUUUGUCUUUGUUGCCAGUUUCGACAAAAGCGGAAGCUUGGACCGCUUUGUGAAUCACGCCUUUUAUCAGAUUCUGGAUGGUCUGGAUACACAAGGAGAGCUCACCUGUAUGAAUUGGGGGUAUGUGGACCUCUCUCCCGAUGCCCCCAAAAUUGAAAUGGACGCCUCGGACGAACCCGAGCGUUGGUGCCUCCAAAUGUACAACAAAAUUGCUUCGGCUCCUGGAGAUUUGACGGGUCUUAAUGUGUUGGAAGUGGGAAGUGGACGCGGUGGUGGAUCCUCCUACACCAAACGGUAUCUCCAUCCCGCAAAAAUGACGGGUCUGGAUUAUUCCUCCAAAGCCGUCGAUUUUUUGACCAGAAAAACACGCCAAAAACAUCCCCGGCGUUGACCUAUUUUGCAGGGUAAUGUCCGAAGACUUGCCCUUUGGAGAAAUGA